AUGCCGCCGCUGGCCGCCGCCGACGCGUUCCUGGUCCUCGACUUCCUCGCCGGCAACCGCCGCGUUCCACUCCCCGCCUUCUCCGCCCUCGUCGCCGCUCUCCCGUCCGUCGCCGGCCACACCUCCCACCGCCUACGCAAAAGCGUCGGGCUCCGAGCCCUCGACGCCGCCCUCUCGGACCCCGCCUACGCCGACCCCUCCGCCCUCCUCCGCAGGGCGCGGGCCGUCCUCGCCGAACCCGACCUCGCGGACUGCUUCCCGGACAACCUCGCCGUCUGCGAUGACCUGCCCGCCCUCAGGCGGCUCGUCGACGCCGAGUGGACCAGCCUCCCUCCCUCCGUGCUCGAGGCCGCCGCCGACCGGAUCGUCGGCGACGGAGCCCUCCACACGUGGGCCAAGGCCGACCAAGACACGCGCGGAAAGCUUCGUGUGCUCGUAGGUGAGUCCACGGAGCGUGAGAUUUUAGGCAAGCUUGGGCAAGACCCAGCCCCCAAUGCGCCCAGCACGAGCGGCGGUAACGAAGCCGGUAGUGCUCAGCAAGAGGAUGAAUCCCAGCUUGGUAGGGAAACUGGAAAGGCUAGUCAUGUUCAGGAGGAUUGCACCCGACUCCAACAAGAGCCAGUAGAAAGAGCAGCGGAUGUUCGACUUCCUGAGAAGCCGGUAACAAGGGCAGCAAUCAGAGGCAAGGACAAAGCUUCACCUUCUCGUGUCACCGGAGAGAUUGCCCCUGGCAGUGACAAGAGCCCUCCAGUAACGAGAGGUUCUAGGCCUAGUCUCACGGAGAGGAAUCCUACUUCAAGCGUUUUUGAGAUUGAGCAAGAUCCAUCUGGGUUUCCUCUAGCUGAUAAAGCGGCUAAUGCACCCAGCACGAGCGGUGCUAAUGAAGCCAAUCGUGCUCAGCAAGAUGAUGGAGUUCAUCUUGCUACAGAAAAUGGCAAAGCUGACCAUGUUCAAGAGGGCUGCGCUCGACAACAAGAAGAGCCAGUAGAAAGAUCAACGGAUGGCCGACUUCCAGAAAAGUCGGUAACAAGCAAAACAAUCAAAGGCAAGGACAAGGCUACACCUUCUAAUGUUACUGGAGAGAUUGCCCCUGACAAUAACAAGAGCCAUCCAGUAACAAGUUCUAAGCCUAGUCUCAUGGAGAGGAAUCCUACUGCAAGUGCUUUUGAGUGGGAUGAUUCAAGCGACUCUGACCCUGGAAGGCCGCCACAUAGGCGCCAGCUACCCACUUAUGAAAUGAAGCGGAGACCCCCACCUACAUUUCCAAACAAAAGAAGAAAGAGGUGGAGCGAGAUAGAAGAACAAACCUUGAUAGAAGGGGUUGAAAAGUAUGGCAAGGGAAGCUGGAAAGACAUCAAAACCGCGUACCCUAGAGUGUUUGCAGACAGAUCACAGGUUGAUUUGAAGGACAAGUUCAGGAACAUGGAGAGGCACACCAUUAAUUAAUUAACGUCGUCUGAACAUCGAAAGCCAUGCAGCCGGUAGAUAGCUUUUGCACCAGCAGGCGUAUAUAUAGGUGGUCCUACGAAGGGCAUGAGAUAUCUUGGCCUUCUGGUUAAGAGAGGCCAGCUCAAUGAUGGUCCGGUGUUGUUUGUAAGUAAGUUACUGAUGAGGUUUCUUAUGAUGAUGAUGAUAUGUGCCUGGCUCGAGUCUGUAUUUCUUCUUCUCUUGGUGUUGUCGCUGAUGCCAAAUCUUUUCUUGGAGGGCUGGCAGACGUCUGCGUCAUCUGGUGGGUGGGUUAUUGUCGGUGUGGUAGAUUUGGAUGAUCAGAAUUAGAUCCACCUGUUGGUCUGGCAGAAAAUGCGUAUCCUAAUUAAUUUGUAGGUGCAGAUGUACAACUUUUGCAGCAGAUUACUGCGGCUUAAGCGUGAGAAGGGACGGCUUUGGCAUGGAUCCCAUGAGAGGGCCGAGGAUGCAUGUGAUCGACGUGUUGACGUUUCUGUUGCUCUCCUGUUUAGUUAGUUGUACCAAUCAAAAACCGUCUGUGGACCGUGCUUGCAGCGUUAACGUACGUGCGCACUGCAGCCAGUUCAGGCGGAUAGUGUGUAUGCAUGUGAGUCCAAAAUGAAUCAACAUGAUUGGGUACCUGGAUUUUUUUUUAAUUUGAUGAUUACAGCUCUGUGGCUGACCUCA